AAGAAGCUCCGGAAAAAUUUUGAUGGUCCACUGCACGCAUGGAUUGAACCGCACAGGCUACUUGGUGUCUAGAUACUUGAUUGAACGGCGAGGAUUUGAGCCGGAGGAUGCCAUCAACGGUAUUUUAUUGUCAAAAUUGCCACAUAUUGAAUAUCUUUCCACCUCUUGUUUCCCUUCGUCUCAAUCAGCUUUUAACCAGGCUCGCGGUCAUAACAUCGAACGCGAGAAUUAUCUUCUCAGUCUUCGUGGAUUGACCCGGCGUGUUUGUCGCAACCCGGCCCCACUAUUUAAUGGAAUGGAUCUUCGGCCCGGUCACCAGGUGCAGGCUGCCCGCUACGGUCGUGGAUCUGGUAGAGGCGGUAGAGGCGGUAGAGCUGGUAGAGGCGGUAGAGCUGGUAGAGGCGGUAGAGGCCCCACUGGCGGUAAUGUUGAUAAUGUUCACGGUCCAUAAUAAUCGUAAAAUUACUGUACCUUCUUUUAUGUUUUCUCCCUGAAAAUGAUUUUCCCCGUGUUAGUUCUUUUUUUUCGUGUUUUGGGGACUUCAAUGAAUUUUUCUUUCUGGUAGAAAAAAAUUUCAUUCAAAAUUGCUUAGAAAUUUCCCGUGGGGAACAUAACAGGUUUUGUAACGAUGGAAAAUAUAUGUCUUUUUCUCCCCCCUUAUGCAACUGUAAACUGCGCGUCCAAAAAAUUCUUUUUAAAAGAUGCAUUGCAGCCUCAUACGGAACCUGUUAUAAUAAACAACUGAAAAUUGCCGAUAAAUGUUAAAAUAGAUUUUGUCUUUAGUUCUCUCUGUCGUUUGAUUAUAUGCGCGUAAUUAAUUAGUAGAUUAAUAGAUUGAUCGCUUUUAACAACAAGUCCACCGUUCAAGGAGGCAAGAUUUGGAGGUCUGGGGGUUUCAUUUUUUUGGAAACGAUGACUAGACAUCGCAGCCAGUC